GCACUAUAACGCCGAGUGGAUCGCGUUCGUCAGGGGGAGGCAGGGCUUCAACUUGCGUGCGCUCCUUGUGCUGCCGGGUGGAGACGGCCCUCGGUAUUUCCUCACGCCUCAUAUUCAUGGCUGGAGUGGCCAUCUUCUCGAGGCGCAGGUGGACCGACUCGAGGAAGGCCGCGUUGUGACGCCGAAGCGCCCCUUGAGAUAUUUUCAGUCUGAGCUGUUGUUCGCCUCGCUUUACGAUAUGCGUGACCAGGCUCUGCCUUACUUUUCAUGGACUAUGGCGCCAGAUCAGAAGUUGAUAGAGGAAUCCAUGUUGGGGGAACUCGCACGUUGGAACCCGCCGAAGACAAAGGCUGCCUUGGCCAUUGCCGACGUCGACCCAUCAGACCACGAUGCCUCUGACCACGAUGGCGAGAAGCUCGCGGAGGUUGAACCACUUGAGCUUGCGAGCGGGGAGGCUGGCGAUGGUGCGGAGGUCCGUCUCGACCAGGAGACAGGCACGUGCGAAGCCGAGGAAUUAAAUGCCGAGGAGAGCGACCUGCUCGCCGACCCCAAGGUCAGCGAGAAGGUUGAUGAGGUCAUAGCCUCCAUGGGUGGCGACGGCCCUGACACGAUUGAUGACCCUCAUGGCGUUGUGAAGGAUGCUUUGGGGGAGGUUAUCACAACAUAUGGCCACCCCGCGACUUGGAACGCAGAUGCUCCAGUGCCAGCUUUGGGGGCGCACGGCCUGGAGGCGGCGUUCAGAUCCUGGCAGGAAGACUUUUGCGUUUCAUUCCAAGCGGCGCUGGAAAUGCAGAGCCAGCGGGCAACUCCUUUGGUUUAUAAGCCAGAUGAGCAAGAGAAAAACGCCAGCCUCGUAGUUUACGAUAAGGAUAGGGCCUGCGUCGUGAGCAUUAUCCAUUGGAUCAAGAGCAAAUGCAAUCGCGGAGGUUUGGUCGGACGUGAG